UUUUAAUUGCUCUCUUUCAAUUCUCCUUCUCAAUUAGAAAUUAUUUAUAUAUAUUUAUAUAUAUAUAUAUAUAUCUUCUACUUCUUUGAUCUUCUCGGUUUUCAUAUUUGCUGUUUGUAUUCUUUCAUUAAUUUUUAUCAGCCUUUGUUCCGCAUAUGCUGGUUUGUAAUAUUUAGGCCUGUGAUAUAUUCAUAUUUUGAGGUGGUUGGGAAUACUGGGAUUGGUUUGUACCAUUUCAAUACUACAGAAAUCAACUAGCAUAUUCAUGGAAGAGGUAAUAGUGGUAAACAAAGGAGAGGACCUCAUCGAUUUGCCUCCGGGAUUUCGUUUUCACCCCACGGAUGAGGAGAUUAUAACUCAUUAUCUUACAGAGAAGGUGAUGAAUAGCAACUUCGUUGCAAGUGCUAUCGGAGAAGCUGAUCUGAAUAAGUGCGAACCCUGGGAUUUACCAAAAAAGGCGAAGAUGGGAGAGAAAGAAUGGUACUUCUUCUGCCAGAGAGAUAGGAAGUAUCCAACAGGCAUGCGAACAAAUCGAGCAACGGAAUCUGGAUAUUGGAAGGCCACUGGAAAGGAUAAAGAGGUAUACAAAUUAGGGAAAGGUUGCCUUGUUGGAAUGAAGAAGACCCUUGUGUUCUAUAGAGGGAGGGCUCCAAAAGGAGAGAAGACCAACUGGGUCAUGCAUGAGUACAGACUGGAAGGCAAAUCGGCAUACUACAACCUCCCCAAGGCUGCAAAGGAUGAAUGGGUUGUAUGCAGAGUUUUCCACAAGAACACGGGGAUAAAAAAGGCCUCGGUAACAGAUGCCCUGAUAAGGAUGAACUCUUUUGGAGAUGAUCUCCUGGAUUGUUCUUCACUCCCGCCCCUCAUGGAUAUUCCCCCAUUUUCCAACACCGAAAGGCAUGGUGACAACAACUUCGAGGGAACCCCCUCAUUCUUCUCAAUAAGGGAGAACCAACUUCUGCAGCUAAAGCACCUUGACCAGAAGAUCUUCCAGCUACCAGCCUCCAAAUACACCCCCGUCACUACUUACCAAGCUAGUUUCAGUCACCCAACAGUUAACCCCGUUUUAUAUCCACAAAUUUCUGCGGGACCAAAUCCUCCUUUCUCCUUUCAGGCAAAUCCAAAUCCUGGCUAUUUGCUUCAAGGGAAGACUAUGUCAAUCCCAAGCGUCACUGACAGGGCCUAUGGCCAUGCAAUCACUGGACAGGGCAUUUUAACAGCAAUCGAAGCCAACGAUAAUGGAAAAUUUGACGUAGAGAGGUUGUGCAAGGUGGAGCAAUUCUCAUCUAAUCAGUCCUUGGUCAGCCUCUCACAGGACACGGGACUUAGCACUGACAUGAACACCGAGAUUUCAUCUGUCGUCUCAAAGCAAGAUGUAGGGAGCAACAGAUCUUACGAAGACCUCGAGGGUCCAGCAGUCGGCCCCGUUGCAGAUUUGGAGUGCUUGUGGGAUUACAGAACAAAGAAAUUUUAGGUUGACAGAGAUAAUUGCAAAAAUUAAUUAGUUUAUAAGAUUUAUGAAACCUCACGGGUACGUAUUGUAAAGUAUUUUUUUUAAUUUUUAUUGUCAGGUAGAAUAUGCAACGCCUGCUUGCUUCUGGAAUUCUUAGGAUGGCAUUGUUUCCAAUCAGUCACUUCCAAUAUAUAGGUAUAUUUGGUCAGAAAAAAUGUUCCUGAACAUAAACAUAUACUCCGUAGAUUCAUGAUAUUAAAUCCUGUUGGGAUUGCCUUUUUAUUGAUAGAAGGUACCAAUUAAAUAUUUUAUGAACACAAAUAUGCGCGUGUAUUCUUUCCUU